AUGUACACCAGAGCAAAGACCGAUGCAGCUAAGGUGGGCCUCACGCAGCCUGAGGGCUCGCCUGAGCCUGGAGCCGUUUCCGAGCAGGAUGCUAAUAAUGCUAACGAGCGGCUGCUAAUACGCAUGGAGGUAAUGAUGGAGACUAUGCGCACGGACAUUAAGUGUGAGGAUUGGGAAGGAAGGUCGAGAUUGAAUAAUAUUCGCGUGGUGGGUGUCCCGGAAGGCUCCGAGGACUCCCGUCCAACUGUAUUUGUGGCCAAACUGCUCCAGGGCUUGCUCGGCUUGGACGUGGAACCAGUCCUGGAUCGUGCCCACCGUACCCUCCGCCCUAAACCAAAGGACGGGGAGCUUCCUCGCCCGUUUGUUGUGAGAGUGAAUAUGUUUCAACAACGCUGCGUAAUCCUACAAAAAGCUGGAUCAUCUGGACCCUUAUUUUACAAAGGAAAGAGGGUUUCAAUCUUCCCGGAUUUCACUACUUCUGUGGCCAAGAAGCGAGCUGCUUUUGCCAAAGUCAAGAAAGAGCUUCACUCGUGUCCUGGUGUGAAGUUUGGACUUUUUUAUCCAGCGAGACUGCAUAUUACUCCUCCGAGCGGACAAACUCACAAAUUUGAAGACCUGACAUUGGCUAUGGACUUUGUGCUGAAACGUUUAAAAACUGUGGUGAUCCCGGAGUCUGUUUGA